AUGUCCCAGGCGGCGCAGAUCAACGGAGCCCAAGCACUAAGUAAAACAUGGGAGCUAAGUCUAUAUGAAUUGCAGAGGACACCUCAGGUAAUGUGAUUUCUGUUAAUCUUUUACCCCAACUAUAACCCUUUUUUAUAAUGAAGUAUAAUAAUACCAUAUUGGGAAUUAUUAACUAUGCCCACUCCUCUUUUUUUAUGAAAUUUUUUUUUGAAUAUCUUAAAACUUGCCUUGCAUCCAGCGCCAGGCGAAGUGAUUCUCACUCGUUUCCAGGCUCCAUGUUUUGUCAUACUGCAUCACUCUGAGGUCCAGAUGGAUGCUCUCAGAGAAGCGUUGGAAUGCAUUGUAAGGGCUAAAUCUUUUUUGUUUCUUGGAUAACUUACUAACUCCUAUGUGGAAGAGUGGUUUCUCAUUAUACUUCAUAGUACUACCGAAUAGACAUUAGGCAGCCUAGAACAGAGUUCCAGGCUGCCUAAAUCACAUGUGCCUGGUGUGUGACUCACCCCAGACACAAAAGAGCAGAUUACUUUGUAUAGGCAGUGUUUCAAGCUGAAAUGCAGCAAAUACAGAUUCCUUCCUCCAUGACCACUUCUAAAAGCAGAAGUGGACAUGUAGAUUGGGGUAACCUUUUAAGGAUCAGGAGUUGGGCAAAUUUCUUAUGAUGGAGUGUAAUGAUGAAUGUCGUAUGUUUUGAGGACGAUCCUUUGUAUGUUUAUUUACAGGAAGCAAUAACAGAUGGCUUAGAAAUCGUGGUUUCCCCUAGAAGCCUACACAGUGAAUUAAUGUGUCCAAUAUGCCUUGAUAUGCUAAAGAACACCAUGACAACUAAAGAAUGUUUGCAUCGGUUUUGUGCAGACUGCAUAAUAACAGCUCUCAGAAGCGGGUAAGCAUUGAUUGCUUUUAUUUUUACAGUAGAUGAAAAGCUGUUGUGGAAUGUUUGUAUCAGUAACUGGACUACACCUGGUUUGAAUAAUAUUAACAGUCACCUAUGUUGCUCAGCCGCAUGAUUUUUGGUUUUGUCGGUUGGCCGCAAAUUAAUUCUGGAAACCAUGUGUGAGAAAUACACUUGCCGUCUGUUAUAGGUAUUGUACAAAUCUCUAAGCACUUCAGCUUUGUUGUUAGUUAGCAUUGUCAGCCAAAUAUGGCUUUACAAAAUAUGGACAAGAGUACUUCAAGUGUAGAUGUAAAGAGGCACAUGUGGAUUCUCACAUAGAAGAAUAAGUUGCAAAAUACAUCAUGUAUCUAACUUUAUUCUUUUUGAUGCCUUUAUAAGUUAUAUAUGUGCUGUAUGUGACUUCUUGUUCAAAUUCAGAACUGAUAUGUUGGCUAUAUAUCACUAAACUACAUGAUAGUUGAUAAGUGCAUUUUUUGUUUGGUUUUAGAGUGCUCUAUACCAUGCUUCUUCCGGGGCCCUCUCCGGUCUCCCCGAUUUUUAUCCCCUGGUUUACCACAUCCAAGGACAACUAA